AUGGUAUACAUUGAAAAAGAGUUCUCGUCAUUUGAGAAGUUGGUGGAUAAGAAAACUGGAGUUGGAUGGGAUCAUGAAAAGAAAACUAUCUUGGCUGAUGAUGAUUGGUGGGCAGAAAAAAAUAAGGAUCUAGAUAUUUUGAAAUGGAAACAUGGAGGAUCUACUUAUAUUGACUUGCUAGAUAAAUGUUUCAAGGUGCUAAAUGUUACAACCCAUAUGAAGAUCAAUUACCAUGUGAAGGAUCAAAAUCUCUUUUUGAAGAGGGCCGAGAGAAUAACACAAUUACUGAGGAUGAAGGAGAUUCAAAUAGUUUUGAUGUUGGAAAUGAAGUACAACCCAACCUAA